CAGCAACCAUACCACGGUACUGCACAGUUCAAUCUGAUUAUGCUGGGCUCGAGUUGCCGAUAUGCAAUGUCCUUAGCUUAGAUUAAAGAUAUCUGCGAUCAGUCGUGUCAAGCUUCAGUAAAUAGCUUCAUUUCCACGAUCACAGUACAAUGUCGUCAGAAAGCAAACCAUUUUUAUUGGAUGAGGAAGGAUCGGGAAAUCAAAAACUUGGGGGUAGACGAGAUAAUGCGAAGCUAACUCUGCGACUCGUCUUCCUACAUUCUUUACUGAUGUUGUUAUAUACCAUCAUUUUUAUAAUCGCUAUAAAUCGGUCACUUUGUCCCAUAUCAACCUCAGUUCAUCCUUUGCCGGGUGUGAGGAUUCAAUAUGUACCAGUUGCUCCUCCCAAUCUCCCAUCUUCACCUUACGCUGGACCCCCGAGCGAGUCGGUAGAUCAAGCAUGGCAUGAUCUAUUGAAAGACAUAAAUAUACGGGUCACAACCGAAGAAUUGGAGAAGAGGAAUCAGAAAUCGGUAUCUCUACCAGAAGGUGGUGGGCAUAUGGUCUGGAUUGGAGCUCAUCAUCAACUGCAUUGCAUUGCAAGUUUCAUCUGGAAGAUUAUUUCAGCUAAGCAACUAACAAAUCGACAGAAAAUGCUUCGGCGCUGGAACUACAGGGAUUACUAUUAUCCCAACAUAACAGACCCAACAAUCGAACAUUGGGAUAUCCAUGCAGAUCACUGUUUCGAUAUUCUACGCAGUGCAGUAAUGUGCCAAGGCGACACAACCCUUACAACUUUCGGAUGGGAAAAACUGUCCAAGCCACAGCCGCACGUCAAACCGACAGAACAUCGAUGCGUGGAUUGGAACGCGCUAAUAGAGUCUCUCGCUGAUCGUGUUGUUGGCGAGGAAGAGAUGGCUGCGCUUGUGAAUCCUAGAUUGGAAGGAGGUGCAUAAUCAGGAUGGAGUUCGGAGCCUUUGGGCUGCGGAUGUGUGAUAAA